AGGUUUCCGUGGAACCAACCAGACUGACGCGGAGGCGAGUCAAAUUAAUCCCACUAAAAAGCUGCCGCUGGAAUAGACAAAUUUGAGUUUUUCGGAUAAAGAUCACAUCACUCUCUUUGUCCAAGACUGUUCAUUUCAAGGCACUUUAGAAGUGAGGGCGAGGUGCACGAAGGCAGUCUUGACGUCCAGGUUUUCAUUUUGCAUUGCGCACCGGCGGCGCAGCUAUUUUCUGCUAUUGAAGGGCAUUGGUUUGAAAGAAAGCAUCUCGGACAGAGGACAAAUGGAGCAAACGUACGGAGAAGUGAAUCAGCUUGGUGGCGUAUUUGUGAACGGACGACCGCUACCAAACGCCAUCCGAAUCCGGAUCGUGGAACUUGCUCAGCUCGGAAUCCGGCCUUGUGACAUCAGCAGGCAGCUCCGAGUCUCUCACGGCUGCGUGAGCAAGAUUCUGGCUAGGUACAACGAAACUGGGUCCAUUUUACCCGGUGCAAUUGGAGGGAGCAAACCCCGGGUUACAACUCCGAAUGUGGUUAAAAACAUACGGGAUUACAAACAAAAUGAUCCUGGAAUCUUCGCUUGGGAGAUCAGGGACAGGCUCCUUGCAGACGGCGUUUGCGACAAAUACAAUGUGCCCUCAGUAAGCUCAAUAAGCCGCAUUUUAAGGAACAAGAUUGGAAAUCUCUCCCAGCCGACCCAGCACGAAAGCAGCAAGCACUCUCCUACACAGCAUGCGCUUUCUUAUAAUCACAUGUACUCCUACUCGUAUCCCAGUCCUUUGUCACCCACUGGGACAAAAAUGAGCAGUACUUCAGGACUACCUGUCACGCCGGGCCACGUGGGUAUCUCGAGAGCCUGGCCUUCGGUGCACACUGUCAGUAACAUCUUAGGGAUUCGGGCCUUCAUGGAUCCAGCAGCCAUUGCCGGAACAGAUGGAUAUCCACCCAAAAUGGAAGACUGGGCUAAUGUAAACAGAACGCCGUUUCCUUCUGCUCACUGUGUCAACGGCCUUGACAAAUCAGCUAUUGAUACAGACAUAAAAUACCCUCAGGCUUCGGCAAAUCUUUCCAGUUAUGUUCCAGCUUGUGCUUAUUCUGCUUCAAACCAAUAUGGAGUUUAUGGUGGACCAACAGGUAGCUACGUGGCUCCAGGGCACUGGCAGCCUCAGAGCACGAAUCUGUCCCACGCAGGCAGUGAAAUGACGGUACACGGAGGAGAACUUCACUGUGCCAUGACUUUCAAACAUCCGUCACGUGAUGGAGACAGAAAACCACCCAGUCCGUUGAGCAAGCAACAGCACGAGGCUCUGAACAGCGUUCAUGGGAUCAUCCUUCCUACCUCGGCUUCAUAACCAAGAUAACGGACAUAAUACAGCAAGAAAGCCUUAAACACAACAAUCUCGCCAGAACUGCGAUUUAGUUUAACUCAUUUCAAGAACCCAGUAAGUAAAAGCACAAUAUUUAUAAAUAACCAGCGAAAAUGGAGAGAAAUGGACGGAUAGAAGCUGUUUAUCUUUCCAAACCAUGUGCAAAAAAAUGAAGCUGUCUUACGAAAAAUGUUUGAAAAAAUGAUUGCUUAUUUGCAUUUUAACAUUCUCUUGUACGGCGGUGCUUGUUGCUUUUUUAAUCACAUUUUCAGUUUUCUAAAAGUUAUUUCUACAAGUGAAUGAAAAGAUUUUAUCAGAGUAAUAUUUAAUAAUCGCUUUAUCAUGCAACUCAAUUCAAUCUGUCCACGUGCUUUGUAAUAUAGUGUAAUGCGUUUAAAUGAUCCCAACUGAUUUUUGGGAGUUUAUCUGUACUUAAAAUGUGGAACUAGUAUGAAAAUGACACUUGAUUAAAUUAACUACAAAUGGUACUGAAGUUGCGUCAGACUGCUAACCACAACGAGAUUAAUAAUGGCGCGUGUACCUCCUACAUUUAAUAACUCAUUCUAGUAUAGCUGUCAUUGUUCCAUUCUGGUGUGGAAGCCAGUACAAGAAAAACUUGUGAACAUAAUGUAUGUAUUGUACUUUCCGAAUGUUAACUAUUCCUGAAAGGUUUAAUUAUAUAUAUUUUUAUACAUUCGUUUGUAAAUAUGUCAAUUUAUAUAAUUACAAAUACAAAUAAAACUGUCGAAGAAAUACCAUCAUAA